CUUAAAUUUUCGAAAAUAAUAUUUUAAAAAUACAUAAUAUACUGCAUACGAUUAGACAAAGUGAGCAUACUUGAGCAUUUAUCAUUUAGUUUAUGUUUUGAAGAAAAAGAGAUUCGACAAAUUAGACAGAAGAAAAAGAAGAAAUUUUUAUAGAAAUGGCACUAGCAAUAAAACGGCUUUCUUCUAUUCCAAAACAACAGCUUGCAAUUCUUGCAGUGCCAGUGUCACAUAAAUACCAAAAUAUUCAGGUACGACAUGCACAAGUUUCAGCACCACCUCCUCAAACAAAAACAAAGUUUGGUGGAUUGUCAGAUCAGGACAGGAUCUUUACAAACUUGUAUGGGCGUCAUGAUUGGAGAUUAAAGGGUGCAUUAAAGCGUGGGGAUUGGUACAAAACAAAAGAAAUCCUCGAUAAAGGUGUUGAUUGGAUUUUGAAUGAAAUGAAGGCUUCUGGAUUGCGUGGACGUGGUGGUGCUGGAUUUCCCACAGGAAUGAAAUGGUCCUUCAUGAAUAAACCAUCAGACGGUAGACCAAAAUAUCUUGUCGUUAAUGCUGAUGAAGGAGAACCAGGAACUUGCAAGGACAGAGAAAUUAUGAGACACGAUCCUCACAAACUGAUCGAAGGAUGCUUAAUUGCUGGAAAGGCUAUGGGAGCAAGAGCUGCAUAUAUUUAUAUUCGUGGUGAAUUCUACAAUGAAGCAUCAAACAUGCAGAUUGCAAUUGCUGAAGCUUAUCAAGCUGGUCUUAUUGGAAAGAAUGCAUGUAAUUCAGGCUAUGAUUUUGAUGUCUUUAUGCAUCGUGGAGCUGGAGCUUAUAUUUGUGGAGAAGAAACAGCAUUGAUUGAGUCAUUGGAAGGUAAGCAAGGAAAGCCACGUUUGAAGCCUCCAUUCCCAGCUGAUGUAGGUGUUUUUGGAUGUCCAACGACUGUAUCAAAUGUUGAAACUGUUGCUGUAGCUCCAACAAUUUGUCGUCGUGGUGGAAUUUGGUUUGCUGGUUUCGGAAGAACUCGUAAUUCAGGAACAAAAUUAUUCAACAUCUCUGGACAUGUCAAUAAUCCAUGUACAGUAGAAGAAGAAAUGUCAAUUCCAUUAAAAGAAUUGAUUGAACGUCAUUGCGGUGGUGUUCGUGGUGGAUGGGAUAAUUUGCUCGGAAUCAUUCCCGGUGGAAGUUCUACCCCAAUUAUUCCAAAAGAUGUUUGUGCUGAAGCAUUAAUGGAUUUUGAUGGACUUGUUGCUUGUCAAACAUCACUUGGAACUGCUGCAAUUAUCGUUAUGGACAAAUCAACUGACGUAAUUAAAGCUAUUGCCAGAUUAAUUUCCUUCUAUAAACACGAAAGUUGUGGACAAUGUACACCUUGCCGUGAAGGUGUUUCGUGGAUGAAUAAAAUUAUGACUCGUUUUGUGAGCGGAAAUGCACGCCCAGAAGAAAUUGAUAUGUUAUGGGAGGUAUCUAAACAAAUUGAAGGUCACUCGAUCUGUGCAUUGGGAGAUGGUGCAGCAUGGCCUGUUCAAGGCUUGAUUAGACAUUUCAGACCUGUUAUUGAAAAGAGAAUGAAGGAUUUCGAACAACGUGAAGCCCUUAAGAAUUAAAUAGAUUCAAUUAUUUGAAGUUUCUUAAAUAACACAAAACUAUGUAAAUUAUUUGUCUCAGCGUGAAAAUGUAUCUCUUUUUCACAAUUAAAUAAAUUGAUGAUUCAUGGAAUGUUCAAGUUGCUUCCAUGAAUUGGGAAAAACGAAAUCGAUAGUUGAAAUAUUUAACGGCAAUAAUAUUUUUGAAUUUUCA